GGUGAAUUUCUUGUGCCUCCAUUCCCAAGGAAGGGGGGAGCAGCCGCUCCGCCGCCACUCGCAAGCAUCACCCUUCUGUGGCAAGAGGCACCUGAAAGGAAAACUUCCGCAUAUCAAUGCACUGCCAAUGGUGGUGUAAAACCAAGGGCUGUACUGCUGCCACAUCACAAUUUUGUGGGGUUUCAGAGAGUAGUUCUGGGUUGUGUCCUUUGUUGUGACCUCAUGGUUUAACUGGGAAUAAAGAUGAGUAUAAGCAGUGAUGAGGUUAACUUCCUGGUAUAUAGAUACUUGCAAGAGUCAGGGUUUUCCCAUUCAGCAUUUACCUUUGGUAUAGAGAGCCAUAUCAGCCAGUCUAAUAUAAAUGGUGCUCUGGUGCCACCAGCUGCUUUGAUUUCCAUCAUCCAGAAAGGUCUGCAGUAUGUAGAGGCAGAAGUCAGUAUUAAUGAGGAUGGUACCUUGUUUGAUGGUAGGCCGAUAGAGUCUCUCUCACUGAUAGAUGCAGUAAUGCCUGAUGUGGUACAGACAAGACAACAGGCCUACAGAGAUAAACUUGCACAACAGCAGGCAGCAGCUGCUGCAGCUGCAGCCGCGACUAACCAACAGGGAUCAGCGAAAAAUGGAGAAAAUACUGCAAAUGGAGAAGAGAAUGGAGCACAUACUAUAGCAAAUAAUCACACAGAUAUGAUGGAAGUAGAUGGAGAUGUUGAAAUCCCUCCCAACAAGGCAGUGGUGCUGCGUGGCCAUGAAUCUGAAGUAUUCAUCUGUGCCUGGAAUCCCGUUAGUGACCUUUUGGCCUCAGGAUCUGGAGAUUCAACAGCACGGAUAUGGAACCUCAGUGAAAACAGCACGAGCGGCUCUACGCAGCUGGUACUUCGACACUGUAUACGAGAAGGAGGGCAGGAUGUACCCAGCAACAAAGAUGUGACAUCGCUGGAUUGGAACAGUGAAGGUACACUUCUAGCAACUGGGUCUUACGAUGGCUUUGCAAGGAUAUGGACUAAAGAUGGUAAUCUUGCCAGCACCUUAGGGCAACAUAAAGGUCCUAUAUUUGCGUUAAAAUGGAACAAGAAAGGAAACUUCAUUUUAAGUGCAGGAGUGGACAAGACCACAAUUAUUUGGGAUGCCCACACUGGCGAAGCCAAGCAGCAGUUUCCUUUUCAUUCUGCACCAGCAUUAGAUGUUGAUUGGCAGAGUAACAACACAUUUGCCUCUUGCAGUACAGACAUGUGUAUUCACGUCUGUAAACUAGGACAAGAUCGGCCCAUCAAAACCUUCCAGGGUCACACAAAUGAAGUAAACGCAAUCAAAUGGGAUCCAACCGGCAAUCUUCUGGCAUCCUGCUCUGAUGAUAUGACUCUAAAGAUCUGGAGUAUGAAACAAGACAGUUGUGUCCAUGAUUUACAAGCACACAACAAAGAAAUUUAUACUAUCAAAUGGAGUCCUACAGGACCAGGAACAAAUAAUCCAAAUGCCAAUCUUAUGUUAGCAAGUGCAUCCUUUGAUUCGACUGUUAGGUUAUGGGAUGUAGACAGAGGAAUUUGUAUUCAUACUCUGACAAAACAUCAAGAACCUGUGUACAGUGUAGCUUUCAGUCCUGAUGGCAGGUACCUGGCCAGUGGCUCCUUUGAUAAAUGUGUACACAUCUGGAAUACACAGACAGGUGCCCUAGUUCACAGUUAUCGGGGAACAGGAGGGAUUUUUGAGGUUUGCUGGAAUGCAACAGGAGACAAAGUUGGAGCAAGUGCUUCAGAUGGUUCAGUUUGUGUAUUAGACCUACGGAAAUAGCGCUACUAGUUGGAAGCCAUGGACCGACUAUGAAUGUGUACAUAGCCAAAAUGACUGUCCCUGACCCAUGUACUGCUAUAGUCCCAAUUGAACCAUGGCCAGUCCACUACAGCCAAACGUAAAAGAAAUAUAUACAUAUACUGUAUAUAAAAAAAGAGAAAAAAAAAAAAAUUACACCCUGAAGAGGAUGACAGAGUUUUGUCACAGCUUGUGAAUCCUGUUCACCAAGUGCUGGAAUCUGCUGUGCCCCAAAAUAACAUUUAAAGGUUUUGGAUAUGAAAAACAGAAGAGAGCGAGAGAGAGAGAAAUAUACCAUAUACAAGAGCAGACCCAUAUACAUACCAAAUUCAGAAGAUACUAAUGGCAGCCUUCAUUACCCCUUCCCCCCUUUAAAUCCAUUAUGACAAUGGAUUGUGGGGUAUUUUUGUUUUCCUUCUCAGUAGUUGAGCAGUUUGUGUGUACAGAGAAAAUGGACUUACAGAAAUCUGCAGCAGUAGUUUUUUCUUUGCUUUUAAACAUUGGGUUUUCUGUUUUGUUUUGGUUAAGUUUACGGAUGCAUGAAGUAAGGGAGUGAAUUAGUUUCUUGUUUAUAUUUUUUUUUCACCUUGGAAAAAAAUGUUUCUUUGAACCAUAUUUUAAUGCAUUCUUUGAAGAGGUAGAUUGAACCUAAGAAUGUUUGGUACAUUUUGUGGCUCCCAGAGCACAAUUUCGUGAACAGAGGGAGGGUGGAAAAGGGAUUAUGGAGAGAGAAGAAAAAAAAAAAAUCCUUCUUCGAGGCGUGAUAUUUCACGUCCUGCUCAUCUACGAAGUAUGACAGUAAUGGGUAUAAUGCUAUGUUUUAUUUUCUGGUGACAUGGCUGAAAUGCAGUAGUUUCUUAUUUGGGACAUAAUUCUGCCAAACUUAAGAAUAGAAGGGCACAAAAAUACAGAAAAGAAAAAUACAGGGAUGCAAAAAAAAAAAAAAGAAAAAAAAAAAGAAAAAAACGAAGGACAAAAAAAAGAGGAAAAAAAUGCAUCUUCUGUUGCUUUAAGACCAUAGCUAAAAUAUGGUUAAAUUGUGCACUAUUGUGAAAAGGAGCAAAGUAUAGCUGGGGGAUUGUUUUUUGAAGAAGUUAAGAUCUUUCUGGACAAGGGUUCAUGCCACAGCUUCUUUGAGAGUUGCCCAUCAUUAUUUGUAGGAGCUUAGAUGUAUAAUUGUAACCAAACUCCAGUAUUAAAAGUAUCUCAUGUAAUUUUUCUUUAUUAAAAUAAAAUCUUUGGCAUAUAUUUGAUAACACUGCCAUUAAGAGGCAAAAUGUUUACUACCUUAGAUUUAAAAAAAACUUAAACAGAGGACUUGCUUCAAGUUUAUUUUAAUAGCAGUGAUUCAGCUUAUUUAAAAGAUGAAUACUUGCACUAAUUCCCCUGCUGCUCCAGUCUUGCAGUUUAUUGUAUCUUGUGACUACAUUUUUUUCCAAAUAUAGGGUAGAUGUAAGCUGCUAUUUUUUUAAUAAUCACUACUAUAUAGUGUCUUUUACUCUGUUUACAAUAUCAAGUAUUUUUCUUACAAUGACAGAUGUAUAUGGCAAACCUUUUUCUGCUCAUGUGAUUAAAAGUAUACUGAUAGUGAUUUUAUUUGUAAAUGAUAGCAUGAGGUUGUGUUUACGCGUAUGUGUAGUCAAAAAGGUUGCAUCAUGUCUUGCAUAAGAUUCCAAGAGUGUAAAUUUAUAAAAAGAGAGGUUGUCAAAUUUAUGUCACAGGCAUUUUACUUAAGGAAUGGUUUAUAUUACAGAGCUUUGCAAAGUUAUCAGUUUUAUAACACUAUUUCAAUCACAAAUAAUUUUGUGGCUUAUGAUUGCUAGUCUCUAACCUAUUUGUUUUGUUUUGUUUUGUUUUUUCCCCUCCAAGUUAGGUAUAAAUUGAUUUAAUUGAGAUAAUGCAGCUUUGACAUUUUAACCAUUGUUCUUUAGGCAUUUAUUUCUGCUAUUUCCAUGGAAUAA